AUUCUCACCCUUCUUAAAGACUCUGGCAUAGCACUUUUACUUAUAAAGUGCCACUUUACAUACCUAUCUAUCAAGAUAUUAGGACACCAUGUAUCUAGACUCAGGAUCAGCACUACUAAGGAUAAAAUUACUAUAAUUAGAGUAAUAGCAUUCCUAGACACCCUAGAAGGCCUUAAGAAAGGAGUCACAUUCUUUAAUUACUAUUAA